AUGAAGUUCUUUGCUGUCGCUGCCCUCUUCGCCACCGCCGCCAUGGCCGCUCCUGGUGCUCCUGCUCAUGCUCCUGGUGCUGUUGCCGGCAGCGGUAACACCCCGACGGUGCAGCAGAUCCAGGAGAAGAAGAAUCAGUUCGCAACUACAUGCAGCGCCAACCAACAUGAGACCGUCUGCUGCGAAUCGGUGGACAAAUCGCAGACGCAGAGCUUGUCCGGCCAGAGCAGCGAAGGCCUCUUGGGCGGCCUACUCCAGGGCGGCCUCGGAAGCCUUCUCGAUGACCUUAGUCUUGUUGGGGGCACCCGUGGCGCUUGCAAGGGCCUUAAUGUCCUCGGCGGAGAAUGCAAGACCAACAUCGGCUGCUGCCAGCAGAAUGCCGCGAGCAACAACGUCCAGUCGGGCCUCAUCCCCAUCAACGUCCAGCUUCCUUGCGUUCUCAGCAAUGGCUUGUUCUAA